AUUUGGGAGUGAAUGAGAAAACCACUUAUAAAUCAAGAUAACUGAGGCAAGAAAUGGUAUCAAUCUUAAGAACACAAAAAUAAGCCAUGCCCUACUUAAAAUUUUAUAUGUGUGUACAUGUAUGUACCAUCAGGAGAGAGUAGGCUGCUUGUUCUCUGGUGGCAGCUGUCAAAAGAAGGCAUCUUUGGGUGUCUGGGUGGUGCAGUCAGUUAAGUGUCUGACUUGGUUUUGGCUCAGGUAGUUAUCUCAGUGUUGUGCUAUCAAACCUCAAGUCAGGCUCAGUGGUGAGUGCAGAAUCUGCUUUAACUCUCUUUCCCACCGCCUCCCUGCUCACAUGCACUUGGGCUCUCUCUCUCAAAUCCUUUUUUAAAAGUAGCAACCUUUGACAAUGGUUAGAAUUUUGACUAAUAAUUAUGGUUAUAUUAGAACCUUUCAGUAGAAGAAAAGCAGCUGACAUUGUGUAUAUUAACAACUAUUCAAUGUCAUAAAGUAUCUCAUAGAUAGAACUUAAUUUUUGCAGAAUAUUCAUAUCUUUAAUAGUUGUAAAAAGCUGCAGGCUAACCCGGAGAAUAGAAGCAGUAUAUUGUAAUGAAGUUCCUGUGACUCUUCUCAACCAAAAUGCAGUCAAUUUAAAUUUUUUCUUUGAGUAUAAAUGAGAGCACAUAUUUAAUAUGAAAUUAAUACUAUUUAUUUAAGCUUUUUUUUCCCAUGUUAAUGUUAAAGAUGCCCAUGUCUUAUGCCUUUAUCUUUUUGUUUAGUAUUAGUAUACAGUAAAUUUUCCUGUGAAGCUUUAUACUUUUUAUACUUAAAAAAAAAAAAAAAAGUAGAAGAUACUCAUUUAUUGGGUUUAUUAACAAAAAAGAGCUAAAAAGGGCAUCAAUUUCUCCCACUUCUCAUCCUCCACUCCUCUCAUGAUCUAGGCAUUCUUUUCUUCAGGGAAGUAAAAUCAUAGCUUCUCCAGUCUAUAGUUUGUUGCUUACGGGGAGUCAAAAGGGCUAGGUUUCAGGGUAUUAUCCCAAAGGAAGGUAAUGAAUGCAGCUGUUCCCUCACUCCCUAGAUUGUAGCUCUCUUGUAAGGCUUGUGUAUCCCAUUCCUACAUCUCUGUCAUAACAACCAGCUUCUGUACUCUUCUUUCCCUAGGUGACACUAUCAGGAGUAGGAUGUGUAUCUUAGAGGCUCACCUCCUUCCAAGACUCAGGGAGGGGAGAGUGUCCAAUCGUUGUUCAACUUUAUCUUAGGGAGAUAAGUCUUAAUGAAGUUAUAAGAUUCUUCUGGCUGAAUUGUAUUGGCUUUUGAAAGAUUAGCUUUUAAUAAUUAAUUCAUUUUGGGUAAAGAUAAUCACUAUUUAGUUGGCUUUUUAAUACAAAAAGGCUCUUAAAUGGACACUUCCGUGAUGUUUAUAAGGCUGAGAGAAUGAUGUUUAAAAACAAAAAUGCCAUCAGUUUUCUGUAGCAUGAUGAAAAACUAUGGAUGAGUCCAUGUGCUUUUUUUGACUUCAGAGUAAUUUGAAACCACCAGAAUUGAGUAAACUAGAAAUAUUGAAUAAACUCUAGAAACAAAAUAAAGCAGUACAGAAAUAAGCAGUCCAACUGUCACAUGAAAGAAAGCAGGUACCAACAUGGUAGAAAGCAGUUGGGCAAACUCAGCAGAGUUCAGAACUACUGCAAGUAAAAAACAUUUCUUUUUUAAAAAAUAGUCACUAUCUAAACUGAAUUGUGUAUGGUUCUUUUGACUGUUUUUCAAGAUUUGAUAAAGAUCACCAAAGGUAAAUUUACUAAACACAAACUGAUCUUUCCUUUUUUAAAUAACCGUACAUUCCAAGGAUAGAUAAUCACAGAAUAUUUUUAAAACGAGGCAAAGCAGUGGGAUGCCUGGGUGGCUCAGUCAUGAUUUCGACUCAGGUCAGGAUCCUCAGGAUUGUGAGACGGAGCCCCCACACUGCUCUCUGAACUGAGUAUGGAGCCUGCUUGGGAUUCUUUCCCCCUGUUUCUCCCCUCCCUGCUAGUGCGUGCACAUUCUCUCUUUCUCCUCUCAAAAAAAACAGCAAAACAAAAUUGUGUAUUUUGUAAUUUUUAAUAAUAUACCAAAAAUUAAAUUGUGUACUUUAAUUGGCUGAAUUGUAUGGUUACAUUAAUUCCAUCUCACUAAAACUCUUAAAAAAAAAAAAACAAACCAACAACAACAUUAUAGUGGAAAACCAGAUCUUUUGCUAUGCUUAUGCCCCCAAGAAACACAUUUUGGAAGCUAGGUUUGCUGGCUGUGCAUUCCUCUACAUAGCUUUUCAAUCGUGCUCCCCAGAAGCUUCCAAUUCCACAUGCUGCAUGAGCCAGUAAGAAAUACAUCUCAGCUUUCUGCCUGCUUCUAGACCGAGGAUGAGGUGGGUGGUGAGGUGCAAGAGAUAGGUAACGUGGUAACCCUUACAUUGGUAACUGGUUGAUAAGAUCACACUAAAGCAUAAGGAUCAGUCAGAAAAUAUGUGCCAGCACAUACUGAGGUGUAUUGUGUAUGGUGUGAAGAAUGAAGGGAUUUACCCAAAGGAAAGUUCUAGAAGAGUGGUCAAGAAGUGCUUCAUGGAGGAGGGAGGAACUGAUUUGGGCCCUAAAGGGUGGGUUGUAUUGAAGCAGGAAGGAAACAUUCCAGUCAGAAGGGACAUAGGUAGUAGUGUGGAUCAUAGUGUCUGGCAUAUGUGUGCUCCAUAAAUCACUUUGAAUUAUUCCAUGAUGUGAGGAAUUGGAUGUGAUUUACAUGGAUGCAGUAUUAUUAAUAGAUUUGGAUGUAUAGAAUAGUAAGUAGGCCUUGAUUGUAUAGACUUUGAAAAUCAGGAGUGAAAAAUCAAAACCUGUUAUAAGUUCAAGAAGGUCACAAAAUAAAGGAGUUUUAAUCUGGAAGUGAUAAGAAGGUUGGAUUAGGUACAGACUGUCUAAACAGUGGUGGUAAUAAUCUGUGUCUUGGUUAGCCAUGAGUACGAUGGUGCCCAAAAGACUUACGUGCAAUCACAGUACACAAGAGAGUUCAAAGGGCUAUGGAGAUGGAGAGAAAUGAUUUAUGACCACCCCGGGAUUUAAGAUGGCCAAUUCAGAGAAAUGCUGUGCCUUUACCAGAGAUUGGCAUGUUAUCUCAUUUUAUGAGGGAUAAGGUUAAAUUUUGAAACUUGAGGAGAGUGGCAUUACAAAACCUGGAUUUGAAUCCCAGAACCUCACUUAAUGACUAGUUUCAGGCAGGCAUGGCAUUUGACCUUUCUUAGCUUUUAUUGACUAUCACAUGCAGCUAUCCCACAAGGAUUAAAUGGAGUAAUGUGCUGGAGGAGGCUUUGUAAAGUAUUCCAGGGGAUCCGUUUGUGAAAGGAUGAUAAGAUAUACAAGUUUCAAAUAUUUUACUGGAGUGCAAGUGAGUGAGAAGGCAGAACUUGGUUGCAUUCGUUUUUCGAGAACUGCUAAAACAAAUUACCACACCUUACCACUGGGUGGCUUAAAACAACAGAAAUUUAUUCUCACAGCUCUGGAGGCCAGAAGUCUGAAGACCACGGGAAUUAAAUUGCCUUCAUCGGUAUUUGCAUCAGAGUUUGAGGAAGAUGUUGGAUUGUUGAAUAAAGCAGCUCCUGUUUCAGGACCUCGGCUGGAUUUUGAUCCUGACAUUGUUGCUGCCCUUGAUGAUGAUUUUGACUUUGAUAAUCCAGAUAACCUGCUUGAAGAUGAUUUUAUUCUUCAGGCCAAUAAGCCAACAGAAGAAAACGGAACAGAUACACAGAAAUCUGAGGCCGAAGAUGACAGUGAGUGGGAAGACAUGGAUGAUGAGAAGGAAAGAGGUGGUGAUGACGAUAACUAUGGCUCUGCGGGCUCAUCAGAUGAGACCAUGUCUAUCCCUGGAAAACCUCCUGGGACUGUAGAAAAUCACUUAUUCUGGGAAGAGGAAACAAAAAGCCGCUUUACUGAGUAUUCUAUAACAUCCUCAGUCAUGAGGAGAAAUGAACAGCUGACUCUUCAUGAUGAGAGAUUUGAGAAGUUUUAUGAGCAAUAUGAUGAUGAUGAAAUUGGAGCUCUGGAUAAUGCUGAAUUGGAAGGUUGCAUUCAAGUAGACAGCAAUCGCUUAGAGGAAGUCUUGAAUGACUACUACAAAGAGAAGGCAGAGAAUUGUGUAAAACUGAAUACUCUUGAACCCUUCGAGGAUCAGGACUUGUUAAUGAAUGAACUUGAUGGGUCUGAGGAGGAAGAGGUUAUUACUGUAGUUCUUGAAGAAGCCAAAGAGAAGUGGGAUUGUGAAUCUAUUUGUAGUACAUACUCAAAUUUAUAUAACCAUCCACAACUUAUCAAGUAUCAACCAAAGCCCAAACAAAUCCGAAUAUCUUCUAAAACAGGAAUACCUCUCAAUGUCUUACCUAAGAAAGGACUCACAGCAAAACAAGUUGAACGAAUGCAGAUGAUUAAUGGCAGUGAUCUGCCAAAGGUGUCAACCCAACCUCGAUCUAAAAAUGAAAGCAAAGAAGAUAAAAAAGCAAGGAAGCAAGCUAUAAAAGAAGAGCGCAAGGAACGGAGAGUGGAGAAGAAAGCUAACAAAUUAGCCUUCAAGCUGGAAAAAAGAAGGCAGGAACAGGAGCUCUUAAACUUGAAGAAGAAUGUUGAGGGGCUAAAACUAUGACAGUAGAACAUUUGGGAUAAGGUGCCUAACCCCCUGGGACUCCUCAUUAUGUUCAGUAUUGAACAAGGAUCUUCAAAGAGAUAAAAUUAUUUAAUCUGCCAUUUUUACUGGCAGGUAUUUAUACCACCAGGUUUUCUCUGCCAUCUGUCUUGUAAAUAUUGUAACAUUUUUAAAACUUAAUAUUAUAAGCUUAGAAUUUGCUCUGAAAUAAAUGAUUUCACAAAUGUGAAAUGUUUGGAUGAGUUUAAGGAAAACAUCUUCAUAACAUAAAUGGAAUUGGUGUAUUCUUCAUUUAUUUGUAUGAUUGUCCCAGCUGUCUUUUGCAGAUGUUCUCAAAUAGUUCUUUGAAACCUUUCCACUCCUUUUCAGGAGUUAAGUGGUUUAAUUUGCUGUAUGUAGAAAAGUGACCCCAUUAAACUCCAUUUUGAAAUUCUGA